GGGCUGCCAUGGAGACCGGCCUACGAGGGCCUGCAGGGGACACGCGGUCUAGGCAGGCCCCGGCGCCCAGCGACCCCACUGCCGGCAAUGGCGACCUGGGCCGCGGCUCGGGGUACCCUCCUCCUGACCUUUGGAGCGGGCUGGGCGGCGGUCGCCACCCCCAUUUUGCAGAUGCGAAAACCGAGACUCUGGGAGGAACGAGGCAGGUCCAAGGUCACGGAAAGGAUCGAAUCAUAUUUGUGACCAAAGAAGACCAUGAAACUCCAAGCAAUGCGGAGCUGGUGGCUGAUGACCCCAAUGAUCCGUACGAGGAGCAUGGCUUGAUCCUGCCAAACGGGGACAUUAACUGGAACUGCCCGUGCCUUGGGGGAAUGGCCAGCGGCCCCUGUGGGGAACAGUUCAAGUCGGCCUUCUCCUGCUUCCACUACAGCACGGAGGAGGUCAAGGGGUCGGACUGCAUAGACCAGUUCCGGGCCAUGCAGGAGUGCAUGCAGAAGUACCCAGACCUCUAUCCCCAGGAGGACGAGGAGGAAGAGGAGAAGAAGCCACCAGAACCUUUAGAGGAAACAGCUGGCCCUGAGGCCACCGCGCCCAGAGAGGAGGAAGGGUCCAGCUAAUGAAGGCCCCGAGGCCCAGCCCCAGUCCUUCAUUUCCGGAGUGAUGGGAACGUUUUGCACAAUGCCUUUCGGUCGCUCUCCAAGAAGGUGUCUUUCCCUUUUGUUCUGUGCACUGUAAUGUACAAAAUAACUUAUUGUGAUCAUCAGGGGUCUUGGUCCCUUGACAUAUACACUGAAAAAACAGAGUUGUGUGUAUGUGUGUCUCACAUAAGCCUAUCAGCGAACGUAGCUGCCACUUUUGAAUUUUGCCCUGAAUUUUGCCACUUUGAAAUAAUGUGCUGAAUAUUCUCAGCACUGUGAUUGAGCUGAUUUAUUCUGAUUCAUUAUAGCCUUUUUAGUAGAUUUUAUACCCCUUUGGGAAAUGAAAUAGAAAAAAACCAAAAACUUCCUUUAAGAAUGCUGGAGUGGGGCCAUUCCUCGUAGAAGAGGCCAGAUGAUCAGAUACUUAUUUCUCAACAAGCAUCUUGACCUUGAGUGUAUGAGGAGGUACUGUCCUUCAUUUCUGAGACAUUUGGUUUCCAUUUUUACAUUGAGCUCCGGGUUUUCUGUUUGGAAAGUGGAGCUUUAGAUCCUCGGAUUCACAAUCCCUUUCUGAGGGGAGGGAGAGGCUGGUUUGCCAUUCUUGUUAUUCCUAAAGCCCUGGUUUGGGGCCUGCGUUCACACUGGCUCUGUCUCAGCCUGUCCAGAUGCAGUGUUCUUGAGAGGUGGGGACCUGAUUGUUACCAAAGUAGCAGCCAAGAGAGGAAAAGCUGUGAAUUAAGUAGUCAAUUUAAAGGAAAACAUGAUUUUUACCUGAUUUUGAAUGUGUCCUUUGUUUUUACUAAUUAAAAGUGUUUUUGAUGUAAGGAAAUAAAAAUUAUGAAAAAUUUAA